AUGCAACCUCAUUAUCUGGGAAGAAUGGACGUUGUAUGUGAUGGUUGUGGCGCAUUGCAUUGGGACGCAGCAAGAACUACUGGUCAAGCCAGAAGCAACAAUCUCUUCUACUCUUGCUGUAAAAAAGGAAAGGCCAUAUUGCCCUUAUUGCAAGAUCCGCCUGAGCCCUUGAAUAUGGUGAAGGAUGCUUUCGGUAAUGACGUCUGCUCAAAAAAGUUCCCAAAGCGUUAUCAGCCAGUAACCAUAGUCCCUGAUGAUGGGUAUCCACUCUAUCGUAGAAGAAUGGAUGGCUGCUCUCAUGUAGUACGCAUCAGAGAUGAUCAGAACGUGUACAACGACUUUCAUAUGACAAAUGAAUGGGUGGUAGCGUAUAAUCCAUUCCUAUCAAAGAGAUACAACGCUCAUAUCAACGUGGAAGUAUGCGCCAGUGUCCAGGCUAUCAAAUACAUCAACAAGUAUAUAUACAAAGGUUCUGAUCAGACUACUCUGAAAACCACGACUACCGCGACAACAACCGCAACAGCUGGUACUGCAGCAAUGUAUCAGAACGAUGAAUGUGCCAAAUAUCUAAAUGGCCGUUAUAUCAGCCCGUGUGAAGCCGUCUGA